UCCUGAAGGCGUUGCUCGGGGGCUGCUCAAGCGGCGGUGGAAGUGGCGGCGGUUCGGUGUCGACACAUGCAUUCUGGUCAGCUUCAUCUUGGAGGUUGCGGCGACGUAGACGACGCUCGUCUGGUGGAGCUACUGCCGAUGGUCGAGGCAUCGUCGGCAGUCUGCGCCAUCAGGUUUGGGAUGCUCAGGGGGAAACCCCAGAUCUGGGUCUUCCGGAUCGGAUGAUGAUGGCGUUCUAUCGCUUUCCCUUCUGGGGGCAUCGUCUUGGAGCAAGUGCUGGCUGGAGGGAUGGUGGAGCGGUGUUUCAUCUCACACAUUGAUGGCGGCGGAGAUCGAUGGCAUGGCGCUGUGGAGACUCGGCGUCGAUGCGCGGAGAUGGGCUCGCGCAGGAGGAGGUUGCUGUCUGGCGUCAUGGUGACGUCAAUGGCCGAGUGGCCAGGCAAGGCGUCGGCUCGACAGCGUCGGCGUCGCCUGCGCCGGCGAACCGGAGCAGGUGCUACAAGCGUAUGUUCAGCUUCGGCGACUCUCUGAUCGACACCGGCAAUUUCAUCGUCCACUACGCCAAUGCGUCGGGCCCCGUCCUGGCGUUGCCCUACGGGGAGACCUUCUUCGGCCGCCCCAACGGCCGCUGGUCCGACGGCCGCCUUGUUGUCGACUUCAUCGUGGAGAGGCUGGGGUUCCCGUACUGGCCGGCGUACCUGCAAGCGGCGGCAGGGAAGUCGCCGGCGGAGGAGUUUCGGUACGGCGCCAAUUUCGCGGUGGCGGCCGCCACGGCGUUGAGCCAGGAGUUCUUCAUUAAAAAAAACCUCAGCGUUGACCAGUUCCCACCGAUCCCCCCCUACUUCCUCGACGUCCAGAUCGGCUUGUUCAACAUAGUGCUCGCCGCGCUCGCCUCCACAAACCAAGAGCGGAAGGAGGUGAUGGCGAGCUCGCUGUUCCUGGUGGGAGAGAUCGGCGCCAACGACUACAACCACCCCUUCUUCCAAAACAAAACAGUCGAAUGGGUCAGGCCCAUCGUGCCCCAGGUCAUCAGGUCCAUCGCUCUCUCCAUCGAGGCCUUGAUCGAGCUGGGCGCCAAGACCAUGUACGUGCCGGGCAUCUUCCCGCUGGGGUGCACCCCGCAGUUCCUCUUCCUCUUCCCCGGCGACGACCGCGACCCUGCCACGGGCUGCCUCCGGUGGCUCAACGACCUUGUCCUCCUCCACAACCGCAUGCUGAAAGCCACGCUCGAGGAGCUCCGCCGCGACCACCCCGGCGUGUCCAUCACCUACGUCAACACCUACGACGACGUGCUCACCCUCAUCACCAAGCCGGCGGAGAACGGGUUCAGCGUGGAGACGGUGCUGAAGGCGUGCUACCCCGUCUUGAACGCCGGGCCGGCGGCGGUGCCGUGCCCGGACCCGUCGACGUACGUGUCGUUCGACGGCCUGCACAUGACAGAGGCGGCGUACAAGAUCAUGGCCCGAGGGGUGCUCGAUGGCCCGUUCGCCGCGCCGCCCAUCAUGUCCACAUGCAACCACAACUGUUAGACCUGCGUACAGUACCAUGUCCCGCACGUACGAGUUGCUGCUGCCAAACCACAGGAUCAUAUCAUCAUUAACCCGCAAAAUAUAAAAUCAU